ACAGAGACCAACAUGUGGCCACAAGUUCAUUGUUAGCAUUACUUUUGCAUUCUUUGCAAGAAAUAAUAUUGGUUGUAGACCGGAAAAGUCUUCAGAAGCUAUUUUCUUUGCAGUGGGCGAAGAAUGACAUGCAUUUAUGGAAGCUACAGGUUGCUGUAAUUUGAUAAGUUGAUCACAAUUGUAUGCCCACAAGAUGUCAAUGCUUUUUAUUACAGCUACGCUUACGAUCAGUGUUUUCAGUUUAUGUUCUUCUGUAAUUGUCACUGUAUCUGUUGAUGGAAAAGUUGUUGAAGGUCAAGAAACACGAUUAGAUUGUACCAUUCAAAAAAAUAGUAUUGCAAGCACUAGAGAUCCAUUUAUUACAUGGCUAAAGGUUGUGAACGGUUCAUCUGUGACAAUAGUGGAGUAUCAGAGGACCCCUGGUUCUGUGCAACCGCCUUAUAACAAAAGAUUUAGUCUUGAAGGAGAUGACUCUAAACUCACUCUGGUUAUUGAUGACACGAUGCAAGAUGAUCAUGGCACCUAUGAAUGUUUUGUUAGUCUUAUUGAUGAUCCACCUUCACCAGAAUCUGAUACAGUCACAAUAAUUGUUGAAAUUCCUAAUAAAAAGAAUGAUGGUAAUAAUGGUUUAAGCACGGGAGUAAUAGUUGCCAUUGUAUUUGGCGUACUUUGCAGUUUUGCACUUGUUUGUGUUGGUGUUGCCAUUUAUACUGGGAAAGGUAAGUUUGAUGGUUGAAUCAUUAACACAGUUGAAUAGAUUUGAAUAAUGGUCAGUCCAUGAGCUGCAAAUAUUUUACCCUCCUUUACCAUCUUUAAUUAUUGUAUGUUACGGAGGGGAGCAGCCACUGUGUUGAACACCUUAUCCUUUGCCAAAAUUCAUCAUACUUUUUUGUAUUCAAUAAGAGCAUCUUCAUUAUUUUUACUCUGUCUAAGAGCCAUUUUAAAAUCUGAUCUGUUAAUCUUCAUGGAUUCAAAUAGAGGGCCAUACUAGUUUUUUCAUUGUGGGCCUACAUCAAGAAACACGCCCUUGCAAUAUUAUGAAGACCCUUCACAUUUUUGGACCAUUCUGGUACACCAUAUUAUAAUUCAUUAGAUAUGUAAAACAUGGAAAGUGAUCCAAGCCAAUGCAGUCAUAAUUAAUAUAAACAUGGCUGCUGUUGCAGUGGCGGCUCCUUAUGAUAUAUUUUCUGGGGGAAGUGCUAA